AUGUGCAUGGUUUUAUAUAAAAUUAACAUAAAAUAACUUUAUCCAAAGGAGCUUAUUUAGAUCAUAUAAUUUGAAUAAAUUGACAGAGGAAAAUAAUAAUGUCUUAUAUUAAGAUGUAAAGUAUAAUAAAUUGAUUAUUUUGCUAAAUAAGAAAAACAUUUUGCUAUUAUAAGAUUAGAUGAUUUAAGAAUUUUGUAGAAAAUGUGA